UCAUAAAUAAUCAGAUUCUGCCAAUAAAAAAUCUGCACAUAUCUUGAUGACGUUUAACGCAUCAGCUGUUCGCUGCAGAUGGCAGCGAAAGCUAAGUUGGAUAUGAAACAUGGCUUUAUGAAGAGCAUAGUCAGAAACCAAGUUGCUAGAGAUGAAUACGACAAAGAAGUGAAGGCUAAAAUAGGCGACAAGAAACAAACCACUUCCAAGUCAAAGAGACCAGAAAUUCAGCCGUAUGUUCCACCCCCGAAGUCGAAGUCAGAUCAACAGACUAAUCAAAAGGAGCAAAUGUUCAGAGUGGAAUUUGAAGACAAAGAUGGGCAAAUGUACAGUUUCAUAUUUUAUGAAGAUGACAGCCCAAGUGCAGUUGCUAGACAGUUUGGUAUGGACAGAGGUCUUCCCUCCCCCCUUAUUUCAGCACUUGCAGAUAGACUUCUGGAUGAAAUGAACAACUGUACCUGAAGGCAGGAGACAGACACCUGUCUGAAAAAAUAUCAAUGGUUUUAAGCGUUGUGUUGGUAGCUCAACUGCACCCUAGUAACACACAUGGCUUGGCACAUUUUGUAUGUGUAGGACUGAUGGCUUUUCAUGGUGGACCUUCUCCUCAUCUUGCAGAGUAUUGCUAGUAAACAACCUUUCAAUAAGAAAGAGAUUUUUCAGAAAUUAAGGAAGUAUUAAGCUUAAACCUACCAAGAACAAAACAGUACUGGAAUCCCAAGUUUAGAAUUACAUGAAACAGAAUUCCUUUAUGUUCCAUUAUCGUAAUGCUGUACUUUGGUCUUGAUCACUUGUACUUGUUCUGUUUAGUAGGAUUUUUUCUUUGAAGAGGAAGAAAAUGAAAUCUAAGAGAAGUAUGAAUUAUUGGUAUUAAUUGAAAAACAUUUAUAAGAUAAAAAAUUUAAUUUGAUCAGUACAUUUUUCAAAGCUGUUUUUUUUUUUUUGGCAUGUGUAUAGGUACCUUUGAAUGCAUAAGGAAAACAACACCAUUGGCCAACUUAAAGUAGCUUUAGACACUUUUCUUCAUUAAUAUUGAUUUUAACUUAUUAAAAAUUGGUUUAAAUCUUAAUCUUUUACAUAGGAAUAGAAAGGGGUUGUUAAGGUAAAAAUGCAGCAGGAUAUUGAACAAAUACUGCAAGUGGUAGGUGAGUUGGGACAUUUUGUCUUCUUUGUAUGUAAAUUCAAGUACACUGUUUACAGACAAACUACAUCUUGGCUUUUUUUUGUCGCAAAUGUGCCCAAAUGGGGCACAAGUGCUGGGCUAAUAAACACCUUAUUAAUUUUGGUGACACAGUGACACUUUAAGGGAUAAUAACUGUUCACUUCUUCCAAAAAUGGAUUAACCUGGGGUAAACAAUUUUCCCAUGCUUACCAAUGGUUAAUGAGUCUGUUCCAACAUUCAAGUCCCUGCUUUUUUUCCUAAAAAGUUUUUUUUUUGUAAUUGUCUCUUAAGAUAUUUAUUUAAGAGGUUAUUAUAGAGGGUAGCCAUCUAUGGAGGUUAAGUGGUCUGAUGGCAAACACAUGUUCCAGAAUAAUUGCAAAACAGUUGUUUUGGUGGAAAUAUAGAAUUUAUUAUAUUUUUGAGUUGUUUACAAUAUUUUUAACGUGAAAUGUGGAUUUCAUAGAAAGAGUUUGAACUUUUGCAGACAUGCUGAAACUGUCGGUCCGAUCGGU